GCGGGUAAUUGAGAACAGCUAGAUGAAAAAUACUUCCUCGAGUACGAUACUGUCUUCAACUUGUUCAACGGAUGCAUCUAGUGAUUCUCAGUGCUUCGUCAAAAGUCACGGUGACAAGUUGCAUUUUUGCUGUCACGGUGAGUCGAAGAAGAGUUUUCGCGUUUGAAUUAUAAUUUUGUCGUGUGUUAUAAUAGUUGUAAGUAUCUUAUUUUUAAGUUCAGAGGUGCCAUUUUUUAUUAAUUUAAUACUGGUACUUUGUGUUUUCAAAACCUACGUGAUUUGAAGUUGAAAGAAAAUCUAAUAGUGAAUGCCGGCCGUUUUCAAUUGUAUUGAUAACUUGGGGUAAUUGGGAACGACGUAAGGCGGGUAAUUGGAAACGUUCCUAAUUACCCCUUGCAUUUCCUUGGGCCGCUCUGGCUGAAAGUUCAAAAAUAUUUUAACGUUACAAUUUGUUGUAGAUGCCAAGACAUUAUAAAAGGAAGACCGAAACCAAAUAUAAAAUUGAAGAUCUCCGCCAUGCGUUAGAAGAAUUAAGGAACAAAAAGCUCACAUUAAGUCAAGCUGUAAUUAAAUACCAUGUCCCGAAAACAACUUUGCUCAAACAAUUGAAACAAAAUGAAUUCAAGAUUCCUAAAAAAGGUCGAUCUGCUGUAUUCAAUAAAGAACAGGAAAUCCAGCUAGAGAAAUAUAUACUUGAUUGCUGCAAGUCUUUUUAUGGCGUAACACCAAAUUCAUUACGUAGAAUUGCUUUUCGAUUUGCUGAAGCUAAUAAACUGAAGCACAGUUUCAACAAAGAAAGCCAGCUGGCAGGCAAAGACUGGUACUACGGCUUUAUGUCUCGACAUCCUUCCAUUAGUUUAAGGAUUCCAGAAGCUACUUCCCUCAAUAGAAUAACGGCUUUCAACGCAGCUGAAGUGAAUCUAUUUUUCGAACAUCUAAAAACGAUCCAGACGAAACAUAAUAUACCUGGUCAUCGAAUUUUUAAUAUCGAUGAAACUGGCAUAAGUACUGUUCAAAAAAACUAUAAGAUUUUGGCUCCAAAAGGUUUGGAACAGAUCGCAAAAGCGACAAGUGGAGAACGUGGUGUCCCAACAACAGUUGUCUGUGCUGUUAGUGCUACUGGUAUUUAUGUACCACCCAUGUUCAUAUUCAAAAGAAAGAGAAUGAACCAACUGUUGACUAAAGGCGGUAACAGCGUCAUUAUUGUCACGGUUUCUGAAUCCGGUUGGAUAAAUGAGUCCAUAUUUCAAGAUUAUUAA